AUGAUUGGAAUAAGAAAUAUUACCAGGAUCACAGAAUUCAUCCUUCUAGGAUUCUCAGAUUUCCCCAGAAUCAUAAUUCUGCUUUUUGUUAUAUUUCUGCUCAUCUACGUCACAGCUCUGACCUGGAACCUGUGCCUCAUUGUUUUAAUAAGGAUGGAUUCCCACCUCCACACCCCCAUGUACUUCUUCCUCAGUAAUCUGUCCUUCACAGACCUCUGCUAUAUCACCUCCACAGUCCCUAAAUUGCUCUUCAACUUUUUCCAGGAAAGGCAAACUAUCAACUUUGUGGGCUGCAUAGCUCAGUACUUCUUCUUCUCCACUAUGGGACUGAGUGAAUCUUAUCUCAUGACAGCCAUGGCCUAUGACAGGUAUGCUGCCAUUUGUAACCCACUGCUGUAUGCAUCCAUCAUGUCACCCACCCUCUGUGUUUGGAUGGUGAUGGGAAGCUAUUCAGCAGGUCUCAUGGGUUCUUUAUGUCAGACAUGUGCCUUGCUGCAGCUCCACUUCUGUGGACCUAAUGUCAUCAGGCACUUCUUCUGUGACAUGCCCCAGCUGGUGCAUCUGUCCUGCACUGACACUUUCUUUGUCCAAGUCCUGCUUGCUAUAUUAGCAAUGUUUUUCGGACUAGUAAAUGCAUUAGUUAUUGUGAUAUCCUAUGUAUAUAUCGCCAUGAGCAUCAUGAGGAUAACAUCAGCUAAAGGCAGAUCCAAGGCAUUCAACACCUGUGUUUCUCACCUGACAGCUGUUUCCCUCUUCUACACCUCUGGUUUGUUUGUUUAUUUGAGUUCAAGUUCUGGUAGCUCCUCCAGCUUUGACAGAUUUGCUUCCAUGUUCUACACUGUGGUAAUUCCUAUGUUGAACCCCUUGAUUUACAGUCUGAGGAACAAGGAAAUCAAAGAUGCCUUGAAGAGACUGCAGAAGACACACCAUUGCUAA